GCUGCAUGUUCGUUCGCCAUCUGACAAUAGCAACGCUGCUUGCUGAGAAAUGAGUCAGUCUCUAACAAUACAACACUCGCCAGAACGCAAAGUGCACUACGCUGCUGGCACUUUAUAUUGAUUUUCUAAGCGAGCCCAAAUGUCAUCAAAUCAGUCCAAACCCCGUCUAAGUGAACCGCAGGUGGCGGAGAUCGUGCAGCGGCUCUAUGGGCUGACGCUGUCCUCGGUCCGCGCGCUGCCCAGCUACGACGACCAGAACUUCCAGCUGGAGGCCGACCGAGGCGCUCGGUUCGUCCUGAAGGUCAUGAACUCAGUGGACAGCCAGAACCAAAAUCUAAUAGAAGUCCAGACCCACGCCAUGACCUUCCUACACCAGCACGGACUCCCGGUCCAAACCGUCCUGUCCACCACCGCCGGAGAGCUCAUGAGCCUGGAGGAGAUAGAUUGUGGGAAUGGCUGUCAGAAAUACCUGGUGCGGCUGUUGACGUAUUUGCCUGGAAUAACCAUUUCUACAGUUGCUGUCACACCAAAGUUACUUUAUGAGACUGGCAAGAUUGCAGCUAGGAUGGACAAAGUACUGCAAGAGAUGGACCACCCACAUGUCAAUGCUCUGCAGAGAGAAAAUUUCAUUUGGAGCUUGUCAAAUAUUCCUCUCUUAGAGAACUAUCUCUGCUUCAUGGACGGAGCUCCUCUCCAGAACAUUGUUAAGGCUGUAAUUGAUCAGUAUAAGACCUGUGUGGUUCCCAAACGCUGCACUUUCCGCAAGUCCAUUAAUCAUGGGGACUUCAAUGACCUCAACAUGCUGGUGGAAGAGGACCAGACCAAUGGCUACAAGAUCUCUGGCAUCCUUGAUUUCUCCGACAUGAGCAGUGGUUACUACGUCUACGAGCUAGCCAUCACCAUCAUGUACAUGAUGAUUGAGAAUCCCAGACCUGUUGAAGUGGGUGGACCCAUUCUAGCAGGCUGGGAGAGCGAAAUUCCCUUAAAUGAGGAAGAGAGGGAUGCCCUUUAUUUGCUGGUGCUGUCCCGGUUUAGCCAGUCUCUUCUUUUGGCUCAACACGCAGUGUCGCAGCAGCCCGAAAAUGAGGAGUACUUGAUGACCACGGCCAAAACAGGUAAACGCAUACUUUGUCAGCUGUGGGAGCUUGGGAAGGAGGAGGUGGAAAAGACCUGGUUCCAGAUGGCUGCACAAUAUGCUGAUUGGGAGUGAGGAAUGUGCAAGAAAUAGUCGUUGCAGAUGGUUUGUACCUACAUCACAAACUGCAGUGUUUAAAAGCAAAAAAAUUAAGGACUAAACAUUCUGAGCCACCGUUACAAUUUUAAGUAUGAUAAAAUACAAACAUGCAUCCAUCCAUUCAUCCAUUAUCUGAACCGCUUAUCCUGCUCUCACGGUCGCGGGGAUGCUGGAGCCUUUCCCAGCAGUCAUUGGGCGGCAGGCAGGGAGACACCCUGGGCAGGCCGCCAGGCCAUGUAAUAAAAAUGUAUACUUGAUACAAAACAUUUUAUUUUAGUAGAAAACAUUAAUUUCCCUAAUCCUGAGUUAAACAGUACGUAAUGUAUCUGUGCCAUCAGCAGACAUUUGAGGUGUGAAUGCUCUCACUCAUUCCGAGGCUGAGGAGAAACCAAACAACUAGAUGAAGAUAAACCAUUUUGUAGUAGUCAGGGCAAUUUUUUCUAAAUUUAUUUCUAGUUUUUCCCCUUAUCCCACCCGAUUAACCCAAUGGCAUAUGGCCGGAACUCUUGUCGAAUAACUCCCCUGGCUCACGUUUCCACAGGAAGGAGAUAGGCGUAACACCAGCUUCCUUCAAACUUGUGUCGGCUGCUCUCGCUAUUUUACACGCUGAAGCCUCGCAUGGAUUGCAUCACCUUCAAGCCGCGAAGGAGGCGUAGGGAGAAUGGUAGCGGCGCUAGUUCCCAUCGAUGCAGCGAACGGAAAUGGAGUAGAGAACGGUCAACUGAGCAUGCGCGAAAUGCCUCUACCAUGCCUCCAUACACCCCGCGUAGCAUCCAGGCGCAAGGAUUCUAGGAAGACCCACCCCUACUCUGCGUCUGAUUAGCUAACCUUAACCCUAACCCCGCCCUAACCUUAACCUACCCAAACAACGGAGGCAACGAGUACUUGCGCAUGCUCAGUUGACCGUUCGAUGGGAAUUAGCCUCUACCUAGGCGGAACGCUUUCAGUUGCUUGGCUGCAGGCGCCCGGGUGGGCCAGAGGGGUCACUGGAGAACGACGAGUCCCCGAACACUACACCGAUCUACACCCACUAUCCCUCGGGUAAGGGUGGCCUAAUGAAUGCCUUACCCCGUUGACGCUCUGGCCGUGAACGGUUACGGCGAGUCUGGGAUACGAACCUCCCAGCCACAUGAGCGGAUUGCAAGAACGGCGGUUUAUUCCGCUCGGACAUCAGCAGGGCAAAAUUUUAACAGGUCUUGAAGCACAAAUAGAACAGUAGCUUUUUUGUUGUUUUUUCCCAGGAAAAUUUGAGUUUCACACAUGUAAUUUCCUGCAUUCUGGUGAAUUUUUGAUGCAUGUGAAUCACAAUGUAACACACGAACAGCAAAUUGACUUUUAGGGCAAAUAGUUGAAUGUAUUCUGGAAAAAAUCUUAACUGUUUUCUAAAAUAAAUAAUAAAAUAA